GUAAAUCAAAAUGAUGCAUAGUCACGUGGUACAAUUUCAAUAUGGUGGACGAUUUGAUUUAAUUUUUACAAGAAAAUCCAUUGAUUUGUCGUAAUUAUGUCUACUAGGCGUUUCAAAAGACCUUCGUCUGCCAGAAGAAAUAUUCGACAAGAAUCCUUUACACCAUUUGUCAGUUGUACUAGAUUGAGGAAUGUCCAGUCUUUGCUGGUAAACAAUCCAGAAGGGAAAGAUGAAGUUGACUCUAUACUCUGCAUCUUAGGCAUUGAUAGCAGAUACAACGAUGGAACCAGAGAACUGGUGGAUUAUCUCUUGUUUGACUUCUUCAAUACACGCAAAGCUGAGAUUGAAAAAUCUGGAUACCCUGAGGAAGUCAUAGAUGAUAUGAUUGUGCUGGUGAAGAAGCAAUGUGUCCAUGUUUACUGCAAUCCAAUUAACUACAUGUAUCUGCUGCCUUACAUUGCUCACUGGAGGAAUCUUAGAAUACAUUGCCUUACUGAUGAAAAGUUCCAAGAUGAAGAAUAUGCGGAGGAAUUUAAAAUUCACAGUUUUGUAACCAUGACAACAGGCUGUUCUAUGAUUGGAAUACCUUAUAACAGUACAGGGCAGAAGUUAGUAUUUGACAAGAUGGUGAUUGAAAGGUGGCCCAUAGUACAAGCAUUUGCUUUAGAAGGGUUUGGCAGAGGAGGUUUCUUCACUAUGCAUCAUGAAGUGGUAGAUGUAAGUCAUUCUGUCAGCAAGUUGUAUGAUCUGAUGGACCCUGUCUUUCUGGAGACUAUCAUCACAGAACGUGUUAGGUUAUUUGAGGGUCAGUGGGGCACCAUGCUGAGUACAGUAGACAUAGAAAGAACCAAAGAUAUGGCUCAAUUGACAGAGAGUUAUGUCUGUGAACCUUUAAGAACUUACUACAACCAUGGUAGAGUUGGUACUGCUAGAUCAAAUAAAGUGCUUGAGUCCCAGAGGCAGCCAUAUGUGUUGUUUGGCAGCCACUCUUCUAAAGCAACUCUUGAUGUGGUCAAGUCUCAACCUACUUCCAUCAAUGGCACAAUCACAGAUGUUGGUCUUGGAGGCCAACAUGCCAAACACAUGGUGUGCCAAGCUGUGUCUCCUAAAGGCCCUCUAUGUUGUGCCAGGUCCUACUUCUUCACAAAUAGCCACACCCCUCUGGGGAAGAACAAUAGCUUGGCAGAUAAGACAGAUUCUUCAGAUAUUAGAUUAUUAAAUAGCCUGUAUCUCUGCAUGGUUGAAGCAGUGGCCUCAUCCAUAGAAACAUAUGCUCAAACACUAAGUCUCUCAAAGGCUGAGGAUGAUGUUAAAAUGUGUCUGGAGGCAAGUUGUAAGAAGAGAGAUGUUUCCUUGCCAGCAUCCUUUUGGUCUAAUGCACAUGUAGACUUCAGAAUAGACGCUGUAGAUAAUCAUGGAAGGAGUGUUUCCAUUACUGACAAUGAGUCUUUAAAGAUGGUGAAAUAUGCCUGCCUGACACUGUAUGAUGUUCCUAGUGUUGAACAUAAGGGAGACACACUGGGCUCCCUUGUCUUUGGGGAAUCAUUCUUAGAAUCCAGCAUACAAGUUAUAUGUGCAGAUGGCAGCAAAAGAUUGGACAGUGAGCUUACAGUAUUAACCAGAAAUGUGCCAAGGUUCAUAACAUGGACAACACCAAAUGAAGAACAAGGGCUUGUAGAGAGAAUGAAACAACUCACUCAACAGAGUACUGAGAAGCAACAAUUUGGCAGAGUUCUCAUAGACCAACAAUCAGCAAAGAUGCUCAGUGACACUAACCUCUGUAACCCCGAUGAAGGGGAGUUGACACUGUAUGAGCGAAGCAUUGUUUUCAUCAACAGUCGCCAUGGCCCUACAUUGCUUCCCCUUGAUCAGUUUGAAUCUCUUUCAUUCUAUGAUGGCGAUUCACCAAGUGAUUCACCCAGUGUUGUAGCAUUUGUAAUUAUAAGAUACAACAAAGAGCUAUGUAGUAGCCUCCCUUCCCAUCUCCAGAGUCCAUCCAGCACAAUCAUUCUAGCCCUCACUCCUAAAUCAAAGGCAUACAAAGCUUUCUUCAGAGAGGUGCUGCCUUUAUGGAGGAAAGAGUCUCACACACCAUCAAUGGAACUUCUUACUGAACUACAUGACAACAUUAAACAAUUGCAUUCACAUCUACAGCUCCAAUACACCAACACAACAUCAGCUAAAGCCACCCCACUGAAAAAAGCUGUUGCAAAUCUGCCAAAUCUUCACACAUUUCUUGAUCAUUUCGAAGGCUCAAGUGUAUCUAGUUUGGACGUGUCCUAUAAGGAUGUGAACAUAUUAACCAAGAGACCAUACGACAGUGGCAACUUUGAUGAUUCAAAUCAGUUAGUGGUAACCAUCCUGACAGGGGUACCAGGAAGUCAUAAAGAGAAUCUCUGUACAACUCUUGCUAACCUCUCCAAGGAAGAGGGAAGGUGGGUUGUGUUGAGGCAGCCACUAGACAACACUGAAGCAUUUAAUGCUGAGAGUCUCCAUGGCUCCCUCUACCAAACAUACCACGCACAGAAGAAACGCAAACCAGGGUCAGCUGCAACUAAACGCAAGAUGAGAGCUUUAAUUGUCACUCCUGGGUUCACAGAUAUAGUAGAAGUGGUCCGUGCUGUGAUGACCCAUCCAGAUAAAGAGGUGUUGAUGAACCUUAGAAUAGGAGCUGUAACAGCAUGUGUUGACCCACUCAAUACAUACAUGCAAGACAGGUUGACACUACCUCACCUCCUUGAGCAAUGUGGUCAGGGUUGGGUGAAUAUUUACACAAACAUGUACUACUCCUUGAACCCAAAGAACCAGGACUUAGCAGAUGUCCAGCAUCUCAUUAGGGCUGUCAAUUCAGAUGUAGCCCUACUACUGGCACCAAAAGGAGAGGUUACCAGGACCCCUGAUUUGGAUCUUAUCCUGUCAGACACAGCCUAUAACAGAAAUGAUCUUGCCAGAGCACGUCAUCUCUCAUACCCUGGCUGGUCAAUUUGUGUCUUCAUUAGAGACAGACUAGAGCCCACCAUGCAGGAGACAUGCCUUAAGUUCUCACAACCACUAGAUAGACAGAGGUUUGCUUCUCGGUUGAGAGGUUUGAAGGCAUUACUGAAGAGGAACUCCUUUGAAGGAAAUAUAUAUGUAGUGAAAGGCAGAUCAAGAUUUACAGACUCACAGAGUAUGAUGGAGUUUGAGUAUGUGACGUUGAGUGGGUCACUGAGUCUAGUCCCUGCGGAGGUACAGCCCACCCCUCCCUCUAGGAGUAAUGGACCAUCCACACAAACCAAUGGCCACUCUAACUGUACUGUGUUCAUAGGAGUUGACCUUCAGGAAGAAGUUCUCAAGAACUGGCUGAGGCAAUGUGCUCCACAGAAACCUGUUAAGAAGAACCACAAGAAAAAGUUUGAUCUGACACCAGCAGAGAAACAGAAGAUACAUAAGGACCAUCACCUAGAGCCUCCCCCUGAAGGAUGGUUCUACAAUGGAACACAUUUUGUCUGUAUGACUGGAGAGAAAUCUGACAAACACCCUGAUAUGGAUAAAUUCAUAGCUGAUUACCUGACUGAAGUGAACAAUAAAAUUGAUAAACACAAUGCUGACAUUGAUGCUCAAGUAUAUCUGGAUCUCUUUGACUAGUGUACAAUGUAUAAUUUAGCCAAUAAUGAUCAACUGCAGGCAUUCACUUUUGGUACAAUUCUGUAUGAAGAAAUGUAGGAUUCAAAAGUAAUGUCUUAACAUUUGUAAAGAAUAUGUAAGGCUCAUUUAAACAUAAAGAAUGAUUAAAUGAGUUCCUGUUUUUCGUAUAUUUUUUGUAUUGACAUUGUAUGUAGAAGAAGAUGUUCAUUUAAAAAACAUUGAAAUGAUCUCAUUCAUAUUCAGUAAGUUGACAAUGAAAAUUGUUAUGUAGAUUCUCUUAUAACUAUUUUAAAUUAUGCUCAUUGUUGACAGUAGUGUUAUUUGGGGGACUAACAAGGUUGUAGUGUUUCUAUUUAAUUCAGAGCCUAAGACCUCAUAUGUUGAGAUGCCUUAAUGUGUAAUAUAAUAUCUUUAUUAUAUAUCACUGGCAUUGACACAGAACACAUGAUUUUAUAAUAGUUUAAAAAAUGGGUGCCAUAUUGACACGAUCAUACCAUACACCUGCUGAUGGGACGAUAACUAAUAGAAGGGUUACUAAUGUAAG